UUUUUUCUUUUUUUUUUUUUUGGCGUGUAACAUUUGAUAUUUUUUUCUCCACUUUGGAUAAGCUUUUUCUUUUGUUUUUUUAUUUUUUUUCUCUCUUCUUUCUCUCAUUCAAUGAUAAGUUCAGUAUGAUGGCCAAGAAUUCCUUAGCAGCCAAGAAGCAAGAAGAAAGAAACUUAGAAAAAAUAAAAGAUUUGUUACGAUUGCCCGAGAAUAAGAAAUGCUUUGAUUGUCCUACCAGAAGUCCUUUCUUUGUCAACCUUAGUAUUCAGACCUUUAUCUGCGCUCGUUGCUCAGGUUUAGUGUAAAUGGUGACAUUUUAACCAAGAGAGGAAAUAGAACGACGAAAAAAGACUUAAAAAGUGUGGG